CCUGCCCUUCCACUUUCUCCAUCUUUUCCAUUCGCGCUCCUCACUGCAGUCACUCUUUGGUCCCGCCACCUACGUGCACAACAUCCUCGAGCAAUUGCACAAUCUUACCUACACCCUCCGUUCUCCGAGAUACCCAUAUUCAUCCACGUUGGUCGUUCCUUACGAACAACGUCACUAGACAUGAAGCUUUUCGCUACACUCGCUACCCUGCUUGCUGCUACUGCAGUCGCUGCGCCCGCUCAUGAUGUCCAGCCCCGUGAUCUCUACAACGACGAUGCUCCUCACGCUGAGGACCCCAACUUCAUCAGUGCCGUGAUGCGCGCUCACUGGUACUGGCGCCGCCUUCACUGCGCCCAGGAUCUGGUCUGGGACCAAGACCUUGCUGAUACUGCGCGCCGCGACGUCUCCAAGUGCGGCGACAAGCCUGAGCACUUGCGUUCUGGCAGCAACCUCUCGUCACAGCAGCCAGCUCCGCAGAACUAUGCGGAAUGGAUCGAGUUCGCUCGCACCGCCUCUCACGGUUGGCACGAGGAGGAGACCAAGUACCCUUACGAUCGCCCCUACUACGACGACGCUUGGGGCCACUUCACGCAGAUGGUGUGGCGCAACACUACCCGCAUCGGCUGCGCUCUCGGCAACUGCCACCCGGAGAACGUGCAGUGGCCUGCCCGCUUCUACUGCUACUACGAAUUCGUCGGCAAUAACAUUGCAGCCGGCCAGUUCGAGGCUCAAGUCUGGGGUCCAGUCUGCGGAGACCCUUCCGCCGGCGAGGUCACAAAGCGUGCGGAGAUCAGCUACGACUGGACUCGCAAGUGAUUCUUGCUUCUAGUUGCGACGCUUUGGUCCACUCGAGCACGUCGCUGAUAUCCCUCCAUGCAAGAUAUACUCGGCGAUGAUAGCUACCAGUAUAGCCACCGCAAUUGGUACUUUGGUACGGGCAGUGCCGCUUGUUUGCUUGCGAAUUUCCACAAUACGGCUGCAUCUCUCAAGGGUC